CCCGCGCUCCCUGCGCUCCCCCAAGAUGGCGGCGCCCUUGGCGCUGCAGCUACAGGAGCUGCUGGACCCCCGGCCCGGCCCGCGGGACCCCGAGGAUGAUGCGGAGGAAGCUACAGUUGCUAAAGUGAUUGACAGAUUUGAGGAUGAAACCACGGAUGACGUUUUGCCUGUUGGUAAUAUCAGGAAAAGAGCUUCAGCCUCUCUCCUGGAAGCUGAUAAGAGGUACAGUGGAAAAGCCACAUCUCGGAAAGCUCUGCAGGAAGAGCUCUGGGGAGAUGAUCUGUCUGAAGAAGGAUCUGCUGAAGAUGCAUUAGAUGACUGGUACAGUGACACUGAAGGCUCAGAAGAGGAGGACAGUGCUGGCACUAAGGCCAGGGAGAAGCCCAGCAGUGCUGGCAGUGAGCAGGAGGGUGACUUGGAGGAUGAUGAAGAGGAGGAGCUGCCUGUCCAGGCCAAGGCACCAAAGUUCAGCUUCCAGAGUAUCACAGACUUGGAGAAGUUUACAGAGGGGAUGGAUGAUGCAGGGAGCAGUGAAGGGGAGGAUGAAGAUGAGGAUGAGGAUGGUGCUGACAUGGAAGAAGGAAGUGAGGCGGAGGAGGAGGAAUUUGGGAGUGAAAACCACGAUGAUGGAAAAGAAACCAAAGACAGCCAAGAUGAUGGGGGAGUGCUGACCUUCUCCAGAGGACAGGAGUCUGAAGAAGUGGAGAAGGGCAAAGCUGUGAGGAACCAGCUAGCCCUGUGGGAUCAGCUGAUGGAAGGGAGGAUCAAGAUGCAGAAGGUGCUCAUGACAGCCAACAGGCUGCCCCAGCCAGACACCUACCCCAGGUUCAAGAAGGAGGGGGGACAAGACUUUGACAAUGCUGUGGAGAACUGUUGUAAAGCCCUGGAGGCCUUGCUGAAAGUGCUGGUGGAACUUCAGGAUGAGCUGCUUUAUCAGUACCCAGGCACGAGGCAUCUGGUGGAUGGAAAGCAAGCAAAAACUGAGAGUGAGGAUGAAAUCCCGAGCAGCAGCGAUGAGGAGCCAGUGGAGAAGGCUCAGGAGAAGAGGAGGAGCCUCCCCAAACGGAAGCUGAAGUUUGAGGAGUACCCCGAGUUCAUAGCCAAGCGCUACAGGGACUUCAGGACCUACAGGAACAGCACCCUGCAGAAGUGGCACGACAAGACAAAGCUGGCAACUGGCAAAAUGGGGAAGGGGGGGUUUGGAGCCUUGGAGCGCUCGGUGCUGGCGCAGAUCGAGCACGUGCUGCUGGACAAGGAGCGACUGCUGCGCCGCACCCAGACCCGCCGCUCCCUCUACACCGUGCUGGGCAAGCAGGAGCAGCAGCCUGGCCCCCCAGCCCCUCAGCCUGGGCCUGACACCUCGGAAGUCCUCCCUCCCUCAGAUUCCAACAGGCACCUGAAGGACAUUGAUGAGGAGAUAUUUGAUGAUGAUGACUUUUAUCACCAGCUCCUGCGAGAACUGAUCGAGCGUAAAACCACAUCCCUGGACCCCAACGACCAGGUGGCCAUGGGCAGGCAGUGGUUGGCCAUCCAGAAGUUACGGAGCAAAAUAAAGAAGAAAGUGGACAGGAAAGCCAGCAAAGGAAGGAGAAUCCGGUACCAUGUCCACAGCAAGCUGGUGAGCUUCAUGGCACCUAUUGACCUCUGCACAAUGAAUGAUGAUGCCAGGACGGAGCUUUAUCGGUCACUGUUUGGAAAAGUCACGAAUGGAGAAGAGCCAGAGCAGAAUUAGGAUUGAGUGGGAUUGAGUUCCUGAUGUUCAGGCUGCCCAGGAGCAGAGCCAGUCUCUGGUUUGUCCCCAAAAUCCUCCCUGAAGGAGCAGCAAACCCUGCUAAAUCAGAGGGAAGAGUGAGCCCUGUCCAGCCUGAAAUACUUCUUCCCAAAGACAAUGAAUCCAUUUUGAACUCUUCCCUUUAAAUUCCUUACCUUGAUUUUGAAGCCUGGGCACGGUGUGGGGGGAAGGACAGAAUCCGGGCCCCCCCGGGUGGGUCCCCCAGGGGUUUUUUUGUGUUAAACCCUUGGAGAUUUGGGGGCCGGGAGGGAGUUCAGUGCCCUGUUCUGCUGCUUGGCUGCAUGUUGGGAGUGUGUGACUUCAUUUUUU